CUGUUGUUUGAUGGCUUUUUGCUAGCCCUGCCGUGGCUUCAGCUGGCCAAGUCUGGAGAAGCCAGCUUCAUUCGAUUGGCCGCCCGUACGAACUAAAGUUUUGGUGUUUUGUUGCUCUUUUUUUAAAAUCUCGACGAUCUCCCGAGUUUGACAGGUGUUUUAGUUUCUCCAAGUGAAACUCAACUUUCUGAGUUAUUGUUGUCGUUGUUUUCAAUUUUUGUUUCUCAUCUCGUCGCAUCAGUCAGUUCGAUUGAUUGAUUGAUUUCGGGAAAAAAAAAAUGAUUUCGCCUGCCGUGUAUCGGGUGCUGAUCGUGGGCUUCGUUGCCCUCGGCAGCAUGACCUAUGGCUACUGCUCCAGCAUCAUCGCCACCACGCUGGGCCAGCCGUCCUUCAUCGCCUACUUUGGCCUUGAUACGCGGUCCAACGCCACGCAGCUGAUAGGCGCCAUCAACGGACUCUUCCAGGCCGGCGGCCUUGUUGGCUGCCUGUCGUGCGUCAAAUCCGCAGACGUGCUUGGGCGAAAGCGCGCCAUCUUCCUCACGGCUCUUGUUGCGCUCGUUGGAGGGGCGCUGCAGGCUGGGAGCGUUAACAUCGCCAUGUAUCUCGUCUUUCGAUUCGUCACUGGUCUGGGAAUAGGCUCCAUCGUCGUGCUCAUCCCGCUCUACCAGUCCGAAAUCGCCCCCCCUCGCAUCCGCGGCCUCCUCGUCGGCAUCCACGGAAUCAUGAUCUGCAUCGGCUACUCCGUCGCCAGCUGGGUUGGCCUCGCAUUCUACUUUGUCAACGCCUCCGGCGCUCAAUGGCGUCUGCCGCUGGCCAUCCAGUGCUUCCCGCCCCUGAUUCUCGCCAUCGGCAUCCCGUUUCUCCCAGAGUCGCCUCGAUGGCUUCUCAACCAGGAUCGUCCCGAGGAGGCUCUCAAGGCGUUUGAAGCGGUGCGAGCAGAGUCUGAUGAUUCGAUGCUCAACGACAGGACGGCUAUUCUCGAGGAGUUCAACAUGCUCAAGGGUCUUAUCCAGCACGAGAAGAUGACCAAACAUCGCUUUGUCGAUCUCUUUACUUCGCCGGGCAUGCGCAAGAGAUGCUUUCUUGGAUUUCUCGUCAUGUUUGGCUGCCAGGGAACCGGAACACUGGUGAUUAACAACUAUGGCCCAACGCUGUACAAAGCUCUCGGCUUCACAACCGUCAGCCAGCUCCUGAUCCAAAGCGGCUGGGUCAGCGUCUGCCCCUUUGGAAACGCCAUCAACUCCGUCCUUGUUGAUCGCGUCGGCCGAAUUCGCCUCCUGGUUAUCGGUUUCGCCGGCGUCGUCACGGCUCUCAUCGGCGAAUGCAUUUCCGUCAGUGUCUUUCAGCGCACACAGUCCCGCGGCGUGGCCGGAGCAGCAGUCUUCUUCCUCUUCUGGCACAUGAUUUGCUUCUCUUCAACAUGUGAUGCCACGUCCUAUAUCUAUGCGUCCGAGAUCUUUCCAACUCCUCUGCGCGCAAAGGGCCUUGCCGUGUCUGUUUCAGGACUCUUUGUUGCAACCAUUAUCUUCCUCCAAGUUGCACCGACUGCUUUUGCAGCCAUUGGAUGGAAGUACUAUCUGGUCUUCCUUUGCCUCACGGCUGUGAUUGGGGUCAUCAUAUACUUUUAUUAUCCCGAAACAAACCAACUUUCUCUUGAACAAAUCGGCGAACUAUUUGGGGACAAGGUUGAAAGGGCAAACACAGACGAAAAGACAGACGAAACUAGAAGCACCACUGUUGAGGACGUUUCUGACACAGUUUGAUGUUGGCGUAAAGAUUGCAAUUUCUACUCUUGAUGUUUACACAUUAUGUUACUUAGCGCGCUCGAAAAGCUAUGUUUGUAUCCCUGUGAGAUGCUGAAUGGCAGUAAAAGACGCAAUUGGUUUUGUUAAAAAAUGACUGUGCUACGACCAUGAUUCAUAAAUGAAUGAGACGCUAAAUGAAAGAAGCAGAUACGAGCAGAAAACUCUAAAUGAAAGAAACAGAUUAGAGCAGAAAACGCUAAAUAAAAGAAAGAGAGACUCC